UAUGUUGAAGCACAAAGUAUUCUGGCUAAAUAUGUAACUUGAAGGAAGUAUGUGCUCAAAUUUCUGUCAUUUAAUGUUAGCCACAGGCUAAAUUACAAACGAAACUGAUCUCGGCUCGGGCCUUUUUGUGUGGAGUUUACAUGUUCUCCUCAUGCUCGUGUGGUUUUUCUCUAACCGCCCAAAAAGUAAAUAUAAUAAGGGUGUACUGUCAAUCAAUUCAAAGUGAAUAUUACUUUUUACUUGAUCAAUCAAUGACUUUUCCAAUGCACUCAUAUCUUUUAUUAUCAAUGUACAUAAACGCAACAACGAAUGUGAAACCCCAAGGAGAAUUUCUGCCCGGUUUGUUGUGAUUGGUUUACUGAGCUGCCCACAAAACACUGGAUUGGAUACUGAUCAGCUGGGAUGGGGAACGAGUGAUAUGGAACUUCAACUUUGUCCUCUGAAUCAUACUUAGACGUUAUUCUCAUGCUCAAGCCGCAGAGGAGUGUAUUGAUCCGACGGAGUGUUUUGAUUCUGCUUUCUUUUACUGAUAUUUCAUCAACUUGUUGGAUUAUUAACACUAGCCACGAUUCGAGGGUGACACACACUUGAGGAAACCUAAACGAUUUUAAGCCGGUUUCAGUGGAAAACAGUAAAAGCUAGGAUGGAUCUAAUUGACCUGCUAUUCAGGACCAAAGAUGAAGCCAGCAGUUGCCACGGCAACCCUCCUUGGACUAUCACCAUGUAUGACAAGCUGAGCCCGGAGGGAAAAGGUACAGAUGACUUUUUGGACUUGGUUCUGGCGGGGAGCGAGUCUUCCUCAGCUCCGACCUCCCCGCCGUGGUCCCCCCGUACGCCGGACAGCGACAAGUGGGAGGACCCUUUGGUGAACAGCCUCCAACUGCCUUCCUGCACUUCAUUUCCAGGCUUGGACAUGCCUCACCUCCCAUGCAUGCAGCUUCCAACCUACAAGCAGGAAAAUGAAAUCAAUUCAGAUGUUUCCAUUGAUCUGGGCUGGGAGUCGGACGGCCUCCAGGAAAAGCUGGGAAUGGCGUAUUACCUCACAUCAAAUCAAAGUUCGGCAACCUCGUCCAGUCAGACGCUCACAGUCAAAGACCUGCUCUUAUCCAAUCUGGGCCAAAAACAGAGAAUCCCCCAGCAUCCUUUGCAAGAGCUUGUUCUUAAUGAGGAUGAGAAGAAACUCCUGGCAAAAGAAGGCAUUAACUUGCCCAGCGAGCUGCCUCUGUCCAAGUGUGAAGAACGCAUUUUGAAGAAAAUCCGGCGGAAAAUACGCAACAAGCGCUCAGCUCAAGAGAGUCGCAAAAAGAAGAGGGAAUAUGUGGACAGGUUGGAGGCACGGAUGUCUGCAUGCAGCACUCACAACCUCCAACUGCAAAGAAAGAUCCAGAGACUGGAGGAAACAAACAACGCCCUAUUGGAGCAGCUGAGCCAGCUCCAAGCGAUCCACCCUAACAGCUCUAACAAAAACACACAAAGAGGGACCUGCCUCUUGGUUUUACUCCUCUCCUUCUCUCUCAUUAUUUCUUCAAACAUGAAGCCGGAUUCAUACAGUCAACUAAGCCAAGGAGAGUACACUGAGACAUCAGUGCCAUCACGCUCCUUGCAGUCGGUCGAGGAAUUGAAAGAGGUCGCUCCUCCACAUCAUCCUCUCUCAUUCUCCGGGAGUUUGUCGACCCUCCGUAAUGUAGCGGAGCAGCUUUUGAAACAUUCGCCCAUGGGGGAGCUGCCAGCGUGGCAGCAGCUUGAUCACAAGCCAAGCAAUGACUAUUGAUGCCUCUGGAGGAGAGACAUUGCAAAGGCAUACAGGCACAGCAUCAAAACGGACAGCCGUUUGAUUGCCUAUCAGCAUUGAAGUGGUUUGCAAAACAUGCAAGUAACAUGUUCAAGUUGAUAGAGGUCAGCUACUUUGACCUGGCAGAGAAUGGAUUGUGGUGAUGCUAGUCCUUGCUUGUUUUCUGCUUCAUUGGCGGAGAUAGUUUAUUUUUUCUUGGGGGGUAGCUAUAAGGGGGGGGGCUCAAAAAUAUCUCAGUGGGUCCGCAAAACCAAGCGCUCGCUUUGUUGCAACCCCCUAAAACUGCUUCUAUUAUCGUAGGGAAAGCCGUACUUAGAAGAGGCCCCAAAAUGGAGCAAAUAAACUGUAGCUAAUUUUAAUGAGACAAAACCGUGAAAGUUGUGAUCAUGAUUGUUUUUCCAGACUGUUUAUCCCAGGUGGAAGUGUGAAUAAAAAGCUUUUGCUUUGUCUUCAUCAGAUUAAAAUGCACCGAAUGUCCUUGGUGCUGAAGCAUGUUAUUAGCGUUUGGGUGAGUGAGGUAAAUGAGAUGUAAAAGCAAAUAUUAGGAGCAAUUUUAAGUCACUCGAAGCCACUUUCCCUCACGGCAAUCAUUUGAGUGCAUGUAUUAGCAAACUGUUUCAGCAGAAACAAAACAAAGCAGCAUAUUAAUGUGUUUUUUUUUUUUGUGUGGAAAUUGGACCUGGUUCAAGAAGCAUGGGGUGAAGUUGGGGAAUUCAUCAAAUUGACAAAACAAAGUGCCGUAGAAUGCUUUUGGAGAAUAUAAAUGAGCAGCUUCAAAUUUGAUUUGAAACCAGACUCUAAGAGCCUUUUAAUCUAUGCCAGUUCUUGUUCAAAGGAAUAAA